AUGUCGACCCCGAACAUACCCGCCUGCUUGACGACCAAGGGGCCUCGCAAAGGCGACCCUAGCGAGUCGGCAGAUUAUAUGGCGGGCUGGGGGUUAUACGCCAAUUGGCCUCAGCUGACAGACGUGCUCAUCCGUACAAUCGUGCUACCCUAUCAGGAGUUUCUCAUUCGCCGCAGUUCCAUCAUGCGGGAUGGUAGAGCUCACGUCUGGCACAGAGACCUCAUCGAGGGCAUCUCCGCCACCGCUUCGGGCCUUCGUAUUCAGUCGUCCAUCCUUAACGAACCCCUGUCACUUCUACAGGCAGCACGACACAACAGCAUGUUCUUGGCCACCAUCACGAUGAAGAAGCUUAUUGUAAGACCUCAACUGGAUCUGUCCCACGUCGAGUUGCUGGACGAACUUGCCUGGCAAAUUCUGCUUCGUGCCACCAAUCCUGUCACCGGUUCGCCGAAGGAGGCAGCGGUAUUCGCAGCCAUUAUAUACGCCGGAUUUCAGGAGAAGGAGGAAAAAACGGGGAAACCCGCGGACUGCCUAUUCCGACACCAGUUGCAGAUCAAUGUGAUGACUACGUUUGCGGCUCUGUUUUACCAUCGGAGCGAGUCCUCGAUACAAGCUGCUGCUAUGGGUCAUACGCGCUUCAGGCUGGAAGACGCCGUCAGCUCAUUAGGCUACCUCGCUCAGUUCGUCGGUGCACUCUACAACGUCAGGCUGCUCGAUCCUGAACUGCAGUUCAAGAUGCCCCCGCAGGAAGAUUAUGAUUGCAGUACGCCGACUACCGCUACUGUUCCCAUCACGCCUGUUACGGACAGUCAGCCGCCCACACCCGACGUGUGGCUUCAAGAUUAUGACUCGCACCCGCAUCCAGGAGUCCUGAUCCUGCCUGAGGGUUGUCGUGUACACGUGCCGGGACAGUGA